AAAUAAGUAUUGAAUCUUUUCUAUAAUAUUUAAAUUUUAUUAUGUAAUUGAGAGAAGGAGCAUCUUCUGAAUGGCAGAAAUUCAUGGAAUACACAAGGAAUGCUAAUCAGCUUGAUUAUGAGAAGAUUGGCCAAUAUGUCAAAAUCAAAUUAACCAAGUUUCCUACAGAUCAUUCCUUAAUUGAUUAUUACGAAAAUGUAUUUUAAAAGUAAAUGUUACUACAUUGAAAUAUAGUGUUACCAACCAAAAAAACAGAAAAAAGUGGCAUUAAAUGGACAAAUAUCUAUUGAUUUGGUGUGUGGCAAAACUGCUCUAAGUGAAACAAAGGGCAAACUUGGUUCCUGUAAAUAAACAGUUUAUCUAUAGGAUGAUGAAGAUUGGGAUAUGAUUUCAGAAGUGUUAUAAGUUGAUUCAUAAUUAUUAAAACUGAAAUGGAUUUCUUUGUUGCAUUCUAAUCUUAGGAUCCACCAAUGGAGUAGAGAGGAAGACCAGAUUCUGAAAGAUAUUGCCGAGUAAAUUAAAUUGAACUAAUGUUUAAGAUAAUUUUACGAUAAAAAUAAUUGGACUGAGUUGACAAUUAAAUUUAACUCACUUUCUAGGACACAGAGAUAUCCUAAACAGAUAAGAGAAAGAUGGAAGAAUGUCUUGAAUCCAGCCAUCCAAAAAAGUUUGUGGGAUUCAAAAGAGAAAUUGAAUCUAAUACAAUUGGUCUAUAAAUAUGGAAAACGAUGGUCCUUGAUUCAACAUCAUAUCAAAGGUAGAAGCGAAAACCAAAUUAAGAACUAAUACAAUGGGAUUACGAGAAGCCUAAAAAAAGAGAAGGUAAGCUAUGCUCAUUUUAUUGAAGAUAUCGAAUGAUGAGGAGAGGGAGUUGCUAUUACACAUAAUAUAGAAUCCUAAUUAGCCAAUAUAAAAUUUGAUUGAUGAUUUCCUGCUCAAAUUAAUGGCCAAACGAGAAUAAUUAAAACUUGGAUCAACAAUUAGAGAAGAAAUCAAAAUAGAGGUCAAUAAUAAUUUUAGAAUUUAAUAAAAAACUUUACCAUUUGAAUAAGCCCCAGAAACUCCAACAAUAUUAUAGUUUUAACGUAAACAACUCAAUAAUUUUAGCUCCAUCAACAUUGCAGAGCCAAAAUCUUCCUUAUUUGAACAAUGUCUAUUAAAAUCCUCCAUUUUAAUUUCAUCACUAUAAUUCUUAAGCCUAGUAGGCACUUCCUAUAUAUCGACCAUAUUAGUACGUGUCGUAAUACAAUUUAUAUAAACCAAACUUUUAUUCACCGAACUAUGCUCACAUGAGGUUUCCUUAUUGCAUGUGA